UGGAUCCAACCCCCGUGCACAUGGAGUCGCCUUGGGCCACUGUUCCCGGUGCAGGAGGAGCCCUGGGCCAGCCCAGAAAGCUGAUAAGGUCUGCCCACGUUCUCAAUGAGAGAGAGAAGAGCACAGUGGUUACUUCCUCCCUCUCCCAGAAGCUGGAGAGCAGCGUGCUGACUUCUGGGGAGGGGAAGAGUCUUAUCAUUCGGGGCGGCUCCGAGGACGCGCCACCCACCCGCCUGCCCGCCCGGAUCCGGGAGAUCGUUGCCAAGAACUUGUCGGCGCUGGCUAGCCCAGCAGCCUGUCCUGGGGAGAUGUCGCUUCUCUCCCUCCAGGAGGAGAACCGCAUCCUGCAGCAGGAGCUGUCCCGUGUGGAAGACCUGCUGGCGCAGAGCCGGGCCGAGCGCGAUGAGCUGGCCAUCAAAUACAACGCCAUCAGCGAGAGGCUAGAGGAGAGCUUGCGCCAGAAGGGGAUGGACCCGGUGACCAAUGCUGACCUGGAGCAAGACAUCAGCUGGAGCUGUCAGGGGUUGGGCACCACGCCUGAGGAAGAGAUGGAGCUGAGGAGGAGGAACCAGAUGGUAAGGAGCUCGGGCUGGCCUGGGGUCUGGUGGCGCUGGAGUAGAAGUGGCUCUGCUCUCUUUCCUCGUGUCCCCGUCCCCAGGAGCUCCAGCCUGGCCCAGGUCAAUGCCAUGCUGCGGGAGCAGCUAGACCAGGCCAACACCGCCAACCAGGCCCUCAGCGAGGACAUCCGCAAGCUGACGGCCGACUGGACCAAGGCGCGCGACGAGCUGGAGCAGCGGGAGGGGGAGGGGUGGUGGCUUCUGGGCUCCUCUAACCGUCCGAGGAGCUGGGCCUGGGAAAGCUGCCUGAGCUGCCUGGAGCCUGCAGGAUCCCUGGGAGAACACCCAGAGCGCAGAGAACGGAAGAGUCUCCCAGACAAACCCGUUCGCAGCCCUGGAGCCGUGUGCGGCUGCCUGGCCUCCUUUCUGCCGGGCCUGCCUGGGGCCUGGAGUGACCGUCUCCCCGCGGGGGAGCGCAGGUUCUCAACGCUCAGGCUCUGCUGGGCUCAGACCCCGUCAGGCCACCUGGGCGGGAGCCCUGCAGAUGACAGGGCAGGGGGCUCCUGGAGAGGCCAGGGCCCCCGGAAACGCCCCUCUCUGUGUCCCCGGAGCAGGGACCUGUCGGAGCUGAACAAUGAGCUGAGCCGGUGCAGCCGCACCAUCCACGCCUCCUGCCUCAACCUGAGCAGCAACCUGCGUCUGUCGGAGAGCAGCGCCGGCGCGGCCCUGGAGAAGCAGGCCCUGCUGCUGGCCCAGCUGGAGGAGCAGCUGAAAGACAAGGUGCGCGACAUGAUCCAGCUGCAGGUCAGGUGUGACCUGGAGAAAGCAGAGCUCGGCACCAGAAUUGCUGAGAUGACGGCGACCCUGGACCUCCUGAAAGCCCAGAACUCGGAGAAGGAGAAGACCAUUGAGACGCUGACCCAGAAGCUGGAAAAUCUGGAGGCCACACGAGCGCAGGAGCAGGCGGUGCUGGAGGCGGAGGAGAUCGAGGCCUUGCGGACGGAGUUGGAGAUGCUCCAGCAGACGCUGCGAGACCUGGCUCAGGCGGUCCUCUCCGACGCCGACAGCGCCAUCCACCUCACGGGCACGGAGCGCAUGAUGGAGGUGUCGGAGAGCGACGUUACGGGCUUCAGCCUGCGGGGCCUCUCCUCCAGCCUCCGCACGCCGUCCCCCCUCCGGCGCACCUCCCCCCGGCGCAGCUCCUCCCCCCGGCGCAGCCUCUCGCCAGCCUUUUCCGACUCCACGCUGGCCAUGGUGCACUCCGCCUUGCAGAAGAGGCAGCUGCAGCUGCAGGACGUCCGAGGCAAGUACGAAGCCACCCAGGAGCUGGUGAGCUCGCUGAGGAAGCAGCUGUCGGAGAGCGAUGCCGAGCGGCGCUCCCUGGAGCAGACGAUCCUGCAGCUGAAGGACAACGUCGACCGCUCCUUGCGGGCCAGGGACGACGCCGUGCGGGAGGCCAGCCGCUUCCGGGCCUCGGCCGACCUGCUGGGCAGUGAGAAGAGCAACCUGGAGCGGAGCCUGCAGGCCCUGCAGCAGCACGUGGAGACCCUACGGCAGGAGAGCGAGAGGCUGCAGCUGGCCAACAGCGACCUGCAGCGGCAGCGGGACCACCUGGAGGACGAGAAGGAGGACAUGGCCAAGGACACGGAGCGGGCGCAGAAGGAGAUCGAGCGCGGCCACAAACAGCAGGAGCAGCUGGAACUGAAGAAAUCCAGUUUGAAAAAGGAGCUGAUCCUCGUGAAGGAGGCCCUGCACAAAGCCACGCUGGAGAAGGAGGUGUCUGAGAAUGAGAAGGUGGAGAUGGCAGAGGCUCUUGGCAAGAGUGAGAGCAGCCGGGCCGAGCUGGAGUUGGCCGCUAACAAGCUGAAGGCGGAGGAGGCCUCGCUGCGCGAUUCGCUGUCCAAGAUGAGCUCCCUGAACGAGGGGCUGGCCCAGGAUAAAAUCGAGCUCAACAGGAUCAUCAGCCAGCUGGAGGAGGAGAAGGUGGCCCUGCUGGGGCAGAAGCAGGAGGUGGAGCAGGAAAAGGCCUCGAUCCGCGACGAGCUGGUCCGUCUGGAGCAGGAGAAGCUGGAGCUGGACACGGAGAGGCAGGGGCUGGAGCGCUCCCUGCAGGAUGUGGAGCGGAGCCGGGAGAGGCUGGAGCGGGAGCUGCUGGCUCUGCAGAAGGAGAGGGUGCAGCUGCAGGAGCAGGGAGGGAAGGCAGCAGCUGGCUCAGCUGGACGCCCGGAAGGAGCAGCUGGAGGCCGAAAGCCAGAACCUGCUCCUGGCCAAGGAGACCAUGCAGGGUACCUGGCUGCCCCACCCGCUUCCUUCCUCCCAUCCCCCAUGGGCCGUUCACUCUGCUCGCUCCUCCCCAGGUCGGAGAAGGAUGCCCUGGAGACCAGCCUGUUUGACCUCCAGCAGCAGCUGGCUCAGCUGGACGCCCGGAAGGAGCAGCUGGAGGCCGAAAGCCAGAACCUGCUCCUGGCCAAGGAGACCAUGCAGGGUACCUGGCUGCCCCACCCGCUUCCUUCCUCCCAUCCCCCAUGGGCCGAGCGGCGGCCGGCGGCCCCGUCUGGAAUGGCUGGACUGAGGGAGAAGGAGUCUGGCCCAUCGGGCCUCUCUCCGGCCACGCAGGCGCUGUCCCUCAAGGAGUCAGAGAAGACCCUCCUGUCGGAGAAGCUGACGGGCGCCCAGCACAACCUCGCCAGCGUCACCAUGGAGCUGGAGCGGCAGAAGCGAGAGGCCAUGAGCCGGCAGGAGCAGGACCGGAGCACCAUCAACGCCCUGACCUCGGAGCUGAAGGGCCUGGGGGCUCAGCUGGAGGAAGCUGUCGCGGCCCACGAGCGGGAGGCCAGGGGGCUGCAGGAGCAGGCCAAGGACCUGACCAGGCAGCGGGAGAGCACCGUCCGCGAGGUGAGUACAGGCUUGGGGUGGGGGAUGGAGGGGCUUCAGGGGCAGGAGAGGGUCACUGGGGUCACCUGUUGCCCUGUCUCGGCCCCGUCUGCGGGCGCAGCCGCACGUGCUUCCCCUGCCCUGUUCUGGUGCCCCCAGAUCAAGAUGCUGGACAGCGAGAACACCAAGAAGAGCAAGGAGGUGGCAGAGCUGCAGGCCCGGGUGGCUCUGGACGAGCAGCGGGAGGAGGAGAGCCGGCGGGAAUCCCUCGGCCUCAGGCAGAAGAUCGUGGAGAGCGAAGCCAGCAGGGAGUCCGCCAGGAAGGAGGUGGGUGCGGGACUCCUGGGGUCUCACAUGCUGCUCCUGUCGCCCCCCCCAGCUCUUGCUCUUCAGCUCCCGCUGCAGGGGCUGGCUGUGCUGGGCUCUGCCCACAUGGCCCGCUUGUGCGGAGCAGAGGUGGCCCUCUUGAAGGCCGUCGGUGGGUGUGAAGGCCAGAAGGGGCCGUUAUGGUGCCUGGGGGGGGGGGGCGGGCGGGCCGAGGCGGCGGAGCUGAGCCUCCGGCUGAGCGCCGCCGAGGGCCGCACCCACGGCCUGGAGGCCGAGCUGGCGCGCGUCGAGGGCUUGAAGCGGGACGUGGAGUUCAAGCUGGGGAGCCUGCAUUCCGCCCUGAGGCGCACCAUGGGCAUCAGCCGGGGGGGCCGGGCCCCCAGCCCCGCCAUCAGGGGCCGGAGCAGCUCCCCCAAGAGAUUCUUCUCCCCUCCCAAAGGUGACAACACGCACAGCGCCCCAGAGGGGCACGGCAGCCCCACCCCGCAGGUGCGCAGCCCUGAGCGCAGCCCCAGCUCACGCCCUCUGUCCCCAGAGCUGGUGGCGGAUAUCGACCCGGACGUGGUGCGGACGGCGCUCCGGGACUUCCUGCAGGAGCUGCGGGAGACGCAGCGAGAGCGGGGCGACCUGCGGGCCCAGCUGGGCAGCCUGACCCGCCAGCUGGCCGAGCUGGAGGCGGAGCGGGACAGUGCCAGCACCCGAGUGCAGCAGCUGCAGAAGCUGGUGGCUGAAAGCGAGGAAGGGAGGCGCAGUGCCGACGGGAAGCUGAGCAGUGCCCAGACCGCCCUCCUGCUGCAGGAGGAGGCCCUUCGGCGCAGCGAGCGGGAGCGCAAGGCCCUGAUGGACAAGGUCGCGGGGCUGGAGCGGAGCCUCCAGUCGGCCGACGGCGACCGGCGGGUCACCCAGGAACUCGGGAGAUGCGGCCGUGGCACUGGCUCACGGCCGGACUGCACCGAUCCCACGCAGGUCGCCGACAGCGAGACGAAGGCCAGUGCCCUGCAGCUGUCUGUGGAGCGUCUGCACCUGACCCUGGCCAAGGCCGAGGAAGGCGAGAGCGCGCUGAAGGACAAGGUGCAGGGCCUGUGCCUGUCUCUGUCGGAGAUCAACGCCAGCGCCGGCACCACCCAGGAGAAGGUGCUGCAGCUGCAGAAGGCGCUGAUGGCCGGCGAGCACGACCGCCGCGUGCUGCAGACCCCCCUGCAAACCACCCCGGGGCCGGGUCCCCUCCCCGUGCGCCGUGCUGCCGCCGGGCCAAUCCGGCGCACGGUGGCGAUCUCCCCUGCCCCGGGAUGCUGCGCUCCACCUCGGCUCUCCCCCCCUCCUGCCCAGCUGCUGCGGCAGUGCCAGGAGAGCGAGGGCGCGGCCCUGCGGAGCCUGCAGAAGCUGCAGGACGACAAGCGCCUGCUGCAGGAGCGGCUGGGCAGCUUGCAGCGGGCGCUGGCCCAGCUGGAGAGCGAGAAGCGGGCGGCGGAGCGCUCCUCCCUGCGGCUGGGGAAGGACAACGUGGCCCUCAAGAAGACCCUCGACAAGGUGAGCUGCGGGCGCCGGGGCCGGGGCUUGUGCUCCCCCCGCCCGGAGCUGGAAUCUGUAGCCUGCUUAGCCGGCGUCCCUCCAAGAACCGGCGCCGGGGUUAGCCGUGGGGAGAGGGUUGCGGGAAGCCGCCCGCUCUGUGCCAUCUUCCCUCGGAGCUGGAGCAGACCCAGUCCCAGAGCCGAGCUGCAGCUGGAGAUUGAGCGGCUGCGCGGCUCCCAGAUUCAGGCAGAGCGCACGCUGGAGGCCAGGGAGAGAGCCCACAGGCAGCGCGUGAAAGGGCUGGAGGAGCAGAUCUUGACACUGAAGGAGCAGCUGCAGCAAGAGCUGCGGAAGUACCAGCCCCAUUACUCCCACUCCUCCCUCCUCUCGGGGAACUAGGCUCCAUGCCGCUCUCUACUGACACUGUGACCAAGGAGCCCUCGGUGCUAAGCGUCCUUCUGCUUCAUGCUCUAGCUCUCCAGUGGGGUUUGUCUAGAGGGGGAUACCUCCUCCCGCGCCUCGUGGCCUGUGGAUCCCUUGGGCGCGCAGUCCUUUACCGGAGACAAGCACACGCCCGCGUUUCCCUGAGCGUGCUUUGAGUCAGAGCCUCAAAGAGUUGAAAUGGUGGUUCUCAGACCUGCUAAUUUGCCUUUCCCGCUAGUCUAGCAUCACCGAGUCGCUCCACAUGAACACUAUUUGGGGGCCAGAGACAGCGGUCAGCCUAGGUCUGAUUUUCAGCAGUGCUGAGUACCCGCAGCUCCAAGUACAAUGAGUCAGGCCAUGUGCCAAGAAACCACUUUCCGUCCUUUUAUAGCCCCUUUCCAAUGGCAGGCGACUCAUUACACUGGGUAGCAGCCCCCUUCAUUUUUGUUGUCCCUCUAUUUCACCAUUCCUAAGGGUGUGUCUGCACUGCACCCAGAGUGCAAAACGAGCUACGCAAUUUGAGCUACACAAAUUGUGUAGCGUAUUCCGAGUUCAUUUCAAAAGAGCUUAUUUUGAAAUUUGGCACUGUCUUCACAGCCCUUAUUUUGAAAUAAAUCGCUCAUCUGAAACGUCCCUUACUCCUCGUGGAACGAGGUUUACCGGGAUGUCGGAAUAGCGAGCCUGUUGUAUUUCGAAAUAAUGGGCGUGCUCAAAAGCCACAUAGUAGCUAUUUUAGGAGACCGCCAGGCUCCCGAAAUAGCACUGCAGUGUAGCCGUAGCCUAGAAGUCCCCUAUAAGCAAACAUUUUUUGGGGGGGGUAACGGGGACCAAAAAAAUCUACACUCAAACUGAAGUUGGUCCUGCAAAACCAGCAUUUAACUUCUCAGCAUUCCAUUUUUAAAAACCAGCACUUUGCAAAGGGUACAGCACUAAUGAAGGAGAAUGUAUAUUUGAUACGUGUCAUUUUCUACUGCAGUUUUUUACCAGAGGUUUGGAAACUUUUCAGUAUUUUGUUCUAAAUAUUAGUAUGAAGCCUGGUUUCCCGGCUUGGGUUCAUCCAAUAUGGUGUUGCUCAGAAGACUCAUAACCCUCUGUAUAAAAGAUUUUGCUAAGGAGGAAAGAUUUUUGUUUUUUGUUUUUUUUUAAAAUGAUCAAUGGCAGCAUUUCAGUCAGCUGCUCUGCUCUCCACUGGCCUUCCCAGUGUGUUUCCCUUUGGACAGAGAUGGAUCAGCUUCACAGAAUGAUGGUCGAAGCAGCUGUUGCUCUUGAAUGUUUUCUCCUCCUUUCCGGUGCGCUAUAGCCGGCAACCUCAUGCGUGACAUAAGCUUGUUGUCAGACAAUGUAUCCAUAGUGUUGCUGUGUGUCCAGUACCAUUUCAGGCCUCUGCAGCCUACCCACACCCAGGCUACGUCUAGACUGGCCCCUUCUCCGGAAGAGGUAUGCAAAGCAGGCAAGUCAGAAUA